UAUUGCAGAAACUGACAGCCUGCCUUCUGAGCCUCUCGCGUUCACUGUCUUCCUGUGCCGUGGAUUUCUAAAACAGACGGAUCGGAAUUGAUUAUUAUUUUAGAUUUAGAAAGAAGCCGCGGCUGGAAUAAAUCAAUAAAUAAAUAGAAAUCCUUGAAUAAAAAUGGGCAAAGUGAAAGGCGGAAUGAAGUGUGUAAAAUAUCUCCUUUUUAUCUUCAAUUUCAUAUUUUGGAUGGUCGGUUCUCUGGUGCUAGCUAUCGGUCUCUGGCUCAGGUUCGACUCCACCACCACCUCCAUCUUUGAGGUAGACAGUUCACCCACCACCUUCUUCAUAGGGGUGUACAUCCUGAUCGGAGCCGGGGCGCUCAUAAUGCUGGUGGGCUUCUUUGGGUGCUGUGGAGCUGUCCGGGAGUCGCAGUGCCUUCUGGGAUUGUUCUUCGCCUGUAUCCUGGUGAUAUUCGCUGCUGAAGUGGCUGCCGGUGUGUUUGGAUUCCUGAACAAAGAUAUGAUCGUCAAGGAGAUUCAGGACGUGUACGCUUCAGCUGUGGAAAAUUUCAAUCGAGAUUACAGCAGCAACCACACCCUGACAGUCUUUCACGAGGCGCUUAAAUGCUGUGGGGAUGGAAAAUCGGACAAGAACACUAAUGUUCAUAAAACCUGCACUGAGCAUGAUAACAAAAGCUGUGUAGCUGCGAUAGAGGAGUUUUUCAAUGGUAAACUGUACAUUAUCGGAUACGUGGGGAUUGGAAUCGCUGGUGUAAUGAUCAUCGGGAUGGUGUUCAGCAUGGUUCUGUGCUGUGCAAUCCGAAACUCACGGGACGUGAUCUAACCCCCCUCCCCUCGGCCUCCGCUGGACCCCCUGAACCUCUGAAACAGGCCCCCGCCCCGCGAAGUGACCCAGCACGGGUCACAGCAGGGGGAGCGCCGGCUCACACCACAGCAGGCAAACACACACAGACACCAGCACAACAGACAGCAAUACUAAAAGACCCUUUCCACGACGAGAGAUUUUACUGCUCUGAGUCUUUCUCACUGUCUUCAGUCAAAGGCCAGUCGUUUGUUUGUGGUGGAAUUGGAUCGCGUUUCUCUUAGUAGUUUUGGAUCCCAGCUUUACCAGCAAUGGCAAUGCAAUGGACAGUCCUCAGGGAGUGAGCUGACUCUACUGCCGAUGUGCUCUUGGAGGGAGUGUACUUACUGGUACGCAUUUCUCUUUUGUCUAGAUUUUUGUCAAUGAAUGCUUGAAAUGUUUGUCGCAGAUUUCGUUUGGCCAGUUUCUUUAGUGUUACUACAAAUCUCACAGUGCUUUAUAGGUAUGGAUGUCCGCCUAGAGGUCUAGAAGGGAAACGUUGUACCCCAAAUUCCCGCUGUCUUUGUUUGUGUUGUGGAGACAGCAGCAUGCACGCACAGCACUGGGGUUCGCCUUGUGUAUUGAUCUGCCCGACCCUGAUCACAUUCUACGUGUUCAUCUCAUUGUAGCUGCCCCUUAGCACAGAACCAUUGCAUUGCCAUUCCACUUGCAAGAGCAUACUUUUAAAAAAUAAAAAUCUGAUUUCAUGAGAAAACACAAAAGCCAUCACUAAAACUAUCACUAUCUAUAUAUAUAAUAUAUAUUAAGAUAUAUAUAUAUAUAUAUAUAUAUAUAUAUAUAUAUAUAGUGAUGAGUUUAAAUGUCUUCGUGGAGGUUUGAAUCCCCCCUAUGCCUGUACCCAAUGAAAACUUGUAUAUUUUGUGUGUAUUUUAAAAUGGUAAAUUGAUUCUUUUAAUUGUAUUUAGUUAAUAAUGCAGCAAUGUCUUGUUGAGACGUUGCUACACUAGAAGGCAACUUCUGUUAUUUGCAGAAAUGUUUAGAACGUAAUCUGCGCUUGCUUUAGCUCUUCACAGCCCACGACGGUUUUAAAGCCAGUUAACAAUGUGCCUGGUUAUGAGGGUGCUGUAUACUGAGACAGGCACACCUGAUGCAACAGGACUGAAUCAGACUCUCUUCAGAGCUUUAAAGGACUGCUCCCUACUGUAUAGAUUUCCAUCUGAUUGCUUCACUGUUUAAUACUGUGGCGAGCGCUCUGCAGGAUUCUGUAGGGCUGCUUCUGCUUCAGUCGUUAUUCGCCUUGCUUACUAACUAUUCCAGCAGAACUGGGUUCUGACCUGGGGAAGCAGAAGUGUUGCACAGGUGCGAGUCCGUGGGCCCGCUCAGCACGCUUCCCUGCAGUCAGCUUUGAGGAGCUUUCAGAAACAGCUUCUAAUGGAAUAUGAUUAUAUAUAUAGAAAACUCAAGAUCAAAAGCUUUGUGACUAGAGCCUGGUUUUUUAUUUUUAUUUUUGUACAGAGCAGUUGUCUCCUUAGCACCCCCUAGCCAAAAAUAAUUCAGCCCAGUAAUCUUCAUGUGUGUGCACGUCUCGUCUACAUAUUGGUGUUUGAAAGAAACACGUUUUGUUUUGGCUUGUCAUUAAAGUUAAGGCUACUUUUGUGAA